AAGGCCCAGAAGAGGUCCGGCCAUUACGUGGUGAUGAAGGAUCUCUCAGGGAAGCACCCGGUGUCUGCGCUGAUGGAGAUCUGCAACAAGAGGAGGUGGACGCCGCCCGAGUUCGUGCUGGUGGACGACAGUGGGCCUGAUCACCGCAAGCAUUUCAUCUUCAAGAAACACCUCACGGGGCUGGCUGAGGAUGGUGGAGCCGUCUCGGUGCUGGAACGUGCAAGUCCUGUUCCUGGAAAGGCCAAACCGAGUCCCUGGAGCACUUUAUUCUGGGAUCCCAGGGCUGGAGCCCCUCUGAGGCCAGGCUUGGAGAGCUGGGGGUGCUCACCUGGAGGAGGGAAGACUCCAGUGAGACCUCAGAGCUCCUUGCCGGCCCUAAAGGGGCUCCAGCAGAGCUGGAGAGGGACUGGGGACAAGGGCUGGAGGGGCAGGACGCAGGGAAUGGCUUCCCUCUGCCAGAGGGCAGGGCUGGACGGGAUCCUGGGAAUUAGGAAUUCCCUGGCAGGGUGGGCAGCCCGUGGCACAGGGAGCCCAGGGCAGCUGUUGCUG